GUUCUCCUUCAUCACCUGUGUCAUUGCUCUGUUGUUUCCCUCUUCACCUUCUCUCAUUCCCCACCUCCCAUUUCCAAUUCCCCUUUUAAUAGUGCAUUUCCCCUAAAUUUACACACGCCACAUCCCAUUUCCACCCAACAUUUAUUGCUUCCUCCAAAAUAAAUCAAUUUUCCGUCAUCAAUUUUUUCCAUGCAAAACGAAUUCCAGCCAUUUUCCGUCUUCAUAGUCCCUGAUGUUGACUUUCUUUAUCGGAAUAUGUAGAAAACACUCUCUUUUUUUCAUGGCUUUUCUGAUCCUUUUUUAGCCCCUUAAUUUUUUGAUUCAACCCAUCCAUUUGAUUCUCAUCUCACAUUCUUGGAAAAUCAUCUAGUGGGUGCAUUUUUUGAAUGAAUUCCGUUGGGUUUGAAAUGGAUCUGAACGGAAUUGCACUGAAACUUGAGAUUUUCUUCGUUUUGAUUGUAAAGGCCUGAGAUUUCUUGAUUGCCUCUAUUUGUUCGUUUCGUUUUUCAAUUGAUCAUUUGGAAAAUCAAGAAUGGAUCAUGUCAUUGGGGGAAAGUUUAAGCUGGGGAGGAAGAUUGGUGGGGGAUCUUUUGGGGAGCUUUAUUUAGGAACACAUACACAAACUGGCGAAGAAGUUGCCGUGAAGCUGGAAUCUGUUAAGACGAAACACCCGCAGCUUUAUUAUGAAUCGAAGUUGUAUAUGCUUCUUCGUGGCGGAACUGGGGUUCCGGAGCUUAGAUGGUUUGGAGUUGAAGGAGAGUACAAUGCCAUGGUUAUUGAUCUUCUUGGGCCAAGCUUGGAAGAUUUGUUUAACUAUUGCAAUAGGAAAUUGUCCCUGAAAACAGUUCUCAUGCUUGCUGAUCAAUUGAUUAAUAGAGUGGAGUUCAUGCACUCGAGAGGUUUUCUUCACCGUGAUAUAAAGCCAGAUAACUUUUUAAUGGGCUUGGGACGCAAAGCGAAUCAGGUAUACAUUAUUGACUAUGGACUUGCAAAGAAAUACAGAGAUCUUCACACUCACCGGCACAUACCAUACAGGGAAAACAAAAAUCUUACCGGCACAGCUCGUUAUGCUAGUGUUAACACUCAUCUUGGAAUUGAGCAAAGUAGAAGGGAUGAUUUAGAGUCUCUUGGCUAUGUUCUCAUGUAUUUUCUCCGGGGAAGUCUUCCCUGGCAAGGACUGAAAGCUGGCACAAAGAAGCAGAAAUACGAUAGAAUCAGUGAGAAGAAGAUGCAUACACCGAUGGAAGUGCUUUGUAAAUCUUACCCAUCCGAGUUUCUCUCAUAUUUUCAUUAUUGUCGAUCAUUGAGAUUUGAAGACAAGCCUGAUUAUUCAUACCUAAAAAGAAUUUUCCGAGACCUAUUUCUUCGAGAAGGUUAUCAGUUUGAUUAUGUGUUUGACUGGACCAUAUUGAAAUACCCACAAAUCGGAUCCAGCUCUCGAUCACGACCAACCGGAAGACCACCUACAAAUGCUGGACCAUCUUCAGAAAGAUUGGAACGGACACCAGUGAAACAAGAAGUUCGAGAGAGACUUUCUGGUGCUGUUGAAGCAUUCUCCAGAAGAAACGGCGCUAGUCAUGGAGAUCACUCGAGGCACAAAUCUUCAGACGAUGUUCCAUCAUCUAAAGAAGUGCAAGCUGAUACUGAAAAAGGGCGAAUAUCCCGGCCUAGCACCUCAAAGAGGGCAGUGGCAUCAAGCGGCCGACCCAGCACUUCUGGCGGCCGCCUGACAACCACUCAAAGACUACAGCCUGGAUUCGAGUCCAAAACGUCCUCCUUCACCCGUGCUGGUGCUACAAGAGGAGGCGAUCGAGAUGAAACUCUCAGAAGCUUCGAGCUGUUGACUAUUGGCACAGGGAAAAGGAAAUAGUGGAAACAUCGUAGCACUACACAGUUUUGUUCGGAGACCAAGAACGCGGGAUGGAGGCUAUUGGCCGUCUUAGCCUAUCUCACACAUGCUCAUGGCUUGGGAUCCCAAAUCCCAUUUGCUGCAGUGCAUUGCUGGGCAGAACAGUAAAGUCAUCGAUAUAUUCCAUGUCCAUCUCUCUCUCUCUCUCACCUUUAUUUCUUUAUUUGUUUAGUCAUAUACAUAUUGCCAUUUGCUGCAGUGCAUUGCUGGGCAAAACAUUCACUUCAUUCAUUUUAGUGGCUAAGAAAAAAAUUGCAACAAAUGUGUAAAGACCAGUAUGUUAUUUGCAUUAAUGUUACACUGCUUCAGUGAAGGAUUGAGAUUUUUGUGAAUGGAGAAAACAGGGAUGUGUUUGCUGGUUUUA